UAUCACGUUGCGUUGGUGUUUCUGCCGUGGUGACUUGGCCUCCAACCCGUCAACAACAACAUCCCUCCUCCUUGUCCCUCAAUCUCCGUCUUCCACUUUCUUCCUUCUCUCUAAACCCACGUGUUACUCCAAUACUAACCGCUCCUACGUGCAUCCCCCCCCUCCCCCGCCCCCUCUUUGUCUUUAUAGCUUCGUUCCAUGGGCUCUAAAGUCCCUUCAAUUUCUAUAAGUCCCGCUUCGCCAUCCACUCGGAGUCCAUGACAUCGCCCGGAGAUGCUGCUCCGGUCAGACCUCCGCCGUCCUUCUCGCCCGGCGUUCCGCGAGUCGCAUCCAAGACGAGAUACCCAGAUCAGCGCCGCGACUCUUCUCCAAAUCUAGAUUCGAACCUAGUAGACUCGAGAAUUGCCACGUCUCCCCCGCAACCCCCUCUUUCGGCCACCGCGGCGGAGCUGCCGAUUAGAUCCGCAUCGCCCCAUGCUCGAUCUAUAAGAUCGUCAACGCCGCAAUUGGCCCGAUCAUCACUAGGUUCUCCGACGGAAGGACGUCUGGAUGGUUCUGAAGAUAUACGCUCUUUGAUAAUACGCUCAUUCUCCCCAGUAGUCGGGGUCUACGCAUCGGUCGAUACUGAUGAACUAGUCAGACAAAAAGGCUUUGCGGGCGGCUUUUGGGAGCUGAUUCGCCCCUUUGGAGAGACUGUUCCUGGGAAGAUCGUGGUUCGUGAUAGUGUAGGGGCAAGUCGUGGAUGGGAAGAUUAUGGGGUCCGGUUUGUCGACUUGGGGGACAACCCACAGGUUUCCUCUGAACCGAGAGCGCCGCCUCUGACACAAUUAGAGGAAGCACUGGAGAGGCAACUGGAAGCGCCAUAUGAUCCACUGGGAGGUAUACUACGGCCAAAGGAUUUUCUCAGUUUUCCUACAACAUCUCCAUUAUAUAAAUCAUUUCUGCGCCAGCUGUUAUCAGUCUCUUCUCCAACCCCGCAUGAGACAUUCCGGCACCCCGUGGCAAGCGUUAUCGUCAUUAGCUCACGGAACACUUCUCCUCUUGAGACUUUACGACGGCUAUAUGCGGACACCAGCAAUGGAGAUAGGAAGCUACCGGAGUGGGUUCAUCCCGAGUACCUCCGGUACUAUGUCCUAGUUCAUGACGAGGAUCGCGAUGACAUCACGGAAUCAACGAAGCUUUACGACCAAAUGAAACGUCACUUUGGCCUGCAUUGUCAUCUCUUGAGACUACGGAGCAACCAAUGUGUUGUGACCGAUGACGACAGCUGCCAGGCUCCCGAAGCCGAAUGGCUUUCACCUGCAGAGCGUCUGUCGGGUCGAUCAGAGCCUCUAGUCGAUCUUGAUACAGAUGGUCUGCCGUAUCUUUUCGAGUCCGAUGUCACUGCAAUCAAAGCCUUCGUCCGGGAGUUGGUCGCUCAGUCCGUGAUACCGUAUAUGGAGAAUCGAGUAACUGUUUGGAAUGAUCAGGUAGCAUCACGAAGGCGUGGCAUCAGUGGCCGUUUCAUGUCAAUGUCUCGACGGUGGGCAGGUUUCGGGUCUGGCUCUCGAUCCAGCCUUAUCGGCUCGGGUGGUGGAACCAGUGGAAAUUACGAUCUUGCUCAUGGCUUCUACAAACCGGAUGUACCCGAGGCUAUUCUCCGAAAGAUGGCGGACUUUGCCUUCAUGCUGCGGGACUGGAAGCUAUCAGCAUCCACCUACGAACUCCUCCGGUCAGACUAUGCGAAUGACAAAGCGUGGAAGUACCAUGCUGGCGUCCAUGAAAUGUGUGCUGUGAGCAUGCUUCUGAACCCUCUUUCCAUGCCUGGAAAAUCCAAAAUCAAUGAUAUCGAUCAGAUGAUUGAAACCGCCUGCUAUUCCUACCUUACAAGAUGCUCAGAUGCACCUCAUGCCUUACGUUGUCUCUCCUUGUCCAUGGAAUUACUGAAGUCUCGUGGAGGUUCUGGAAUCGAAAGUGCCGCAAGAUGGGCCAUGCGGGCCAUGGACCUGAGUCUAGUGGGCUCUAUCGGUCAGGCGCUCUUCAGCGAAAGGAUUUCAGCUUGCUAUGCCUCCCGAAAUGCAAUCAACGGAGUGAAAUUCGGCUCUCGGCACCGAAAAGCUGGUAUGUGGAGUGUUCUCGCUGCGGACCUAUGGCUUAGACUAGGGAAGCCAUCACUGGCGUCUGCGUCACUCGAAGAGGCCGAACGCCUUUAUGCAGAUGUUGUGGACAGCAACGGCGCAUUUCCCAUACCGGAGAUGCAAGCCUUCGUUGAUAACUUAAGACAUGCAGUGAAGGUUGAAUAUCUCGAGUCUAGAGGCUUAGAUACUGGGGAUGAGGCGGCGACGGCCGAUCCUCUAGACGCCUUCGAAACCGAGGAGACGAGUGAAAAACUAGACAAGCGGAAGAAUCGGAAAUCGCUGAUCGCUAAUCCGAUGGACUCAGGCGGUCUUAGCCCUGCUCAAGGAGCGAGAGAUGAUGAUAAUCCUGCAAAUGACGAUUUUGAACGAGCUUAAGGAUGCAAUGGCUAAUAUAUGGGCGUACAAAGAAAGGGCAUUUGAUAGACACACGACCAAUCUAAUUUAUUUUUAUGUCUGAGAGUCUUCUUUAUCAAUCGCCUCAGAUGGGUGUCUAUGUAGGUUUGGUGAAUAACUAUUUUGCAUGAAGCGAAAGAAUAUCGAUCUCAGACACCGCAACUCAGGAGCCGUAGUGAUGAUGUCAGUUCAUUCAUGCACACUGACCCGUUACACAAGGUGUUUUCUACCCGAUAAAGACAAUGUCAAUAGUAGAGGCAUGUAUAUAUUGUUCCGCCUUCAUUCCAUGUUCUCAGUCC